AAUAUAGAAAAAAAAUAAAACCAGCAUUUUCAUCCCUCUGGGUGCUGUGUUUCAGUUCCUUCUUCUUCUACUGCACCCAUAAAUCAAAAUCCCCCUUUUCCAACCCAAUUUUCUCCAUAAACCCUAGAUUCACCGAACCCACAGACCAAGCAAGAACCGCACGACGCCAAGAAAACACUUUUUUCCCGCUCCGAGGUUGUCGUGUCGGAGCAUGGCCAUGUUGUUCCCUCGAGGACAUUGAUGAUUUUUCAGAACAUUGGGUCUCGUUUCGUUUGUGGGGUCACCGUGAAGGAGGAAAAGUAACGAGCUUUGGGGCUGAAUCGUGGUGGGUCUGUUGAGUAUGCAUAGAUCUGGAGCUACGAUGGCGUGGAACGUGUUCAAGUUCUGCACUGCUCUGCGUGGAUUGGGCUCGAUCAUGAUUCUGUUGGUUCUUGGGGUCGUUGGUGUCACUUACUAUGCUGUUGUUUUGACCAAUUAUGGCCCUGCUUUGUAUGCUGGGGGACUUGAUUCUCUUGUUGCCUUGGCAGUGUUGAUUUUGUUUCAUAGCUUGUUGGUUAUGCUGUUGUGGAGUUACUUCUCUGUUGUUUUUACCGAUCCGGGCAGUGUCCCUCCAAACUGGAAGCCUAUGAUUGAUGAGGAAAGAGGAGAGGCUGAUCCGUUGGUUGGGACAGAGUUUAGUAAUGUGCUGUCUGAUCCCAAUCAACGGGUUCGGUACUGUCGGAAAUGCAAUCAACUCAAGCCGCCUCGAUGCCAUCAUUGUUCAGUUUGUGGGCGCUGUGUUUUGAAGAUGGACCACCAUUGUGUGUGGGUAGUCAACUGUGUUGGGGCUCUAAAUUACAAAUGUUUCCUUCUUUUCUUGUUCUACACUUUUCUUGAGACGACUCUAGUGACUGCAUCCUUGCUGCCACAUUUCAUAACAUUCUUUAGCGAUGGAGAAAUUCCUGGAACACCUGGCUCUCUUGCUACAACUUUUCUUGCUUUUGUUUUAAACCUAGCCUUUGCACUGAGCGUCUUAGGAUUUCUCAUCAUGCACAUAUCUUUGGUGGCUGCUAAUACAACCACUAUUGAGGCAUAUGAGAAGAAAACUACUCCAAAAUGGCGUUAUGACCUUGGUCGUCGAAAAAAUUUUGAGCAGAGCGGGUAACCAUUUUGAUCACCGUCUGUCGUCGCCGGCCACCGUCCGUCGCUGUCCCGGCCGCCAUUUUUCCUGGCGAACCAAAGGUUGAGUGCGCCUCGAGGAGCACGACUCACCCCUGCAAGUCGCGUGGCCAGAUUCCCAGCCACGCGCCGCCACCAGCUUGCGCCCAUUCCAGCGCGUGAAGACCACACGCCGCCACCAGCUUGCGCCCAUUCCAGCGCGUGAAGACCACACGCCGCCUUCCGGCCACCGGAAGCUCGCCGGACCAGUCUCAAAUGCUGCGUCGUGUUCUUCUGGGCACAUUUCAGCUCCUGUUUUAGUGUUUGCUCGUCAACUCGUGCAUCCUCUUCUACUCCGUUAGGGUUUCUUUCUUUUGGUAAAAAAUGGCUUCUUCUGGUUCUGUUUUCUCCUUCUUUGGGACUCCCACCAUCACUACUGCAAAACUCAACUGAAAAAACUAUUUGUCUUGGUCUGCUUCAGUGGAGUUGUGGUUUCAUGGCCAAGGGUACCAUGACCACUUGGAAAAGGGAGUCGGUGCUGUCCCAAACGACAAGAAAUCUGAGUGGGAAAAGCUUGAUUUUCAACUUUGUGCUGUGCUAUGGCAAUCGGUUGAGUCAGAUGUUUUGGAAAUCCUUAGAUCAUUCAAAACAUGUUGUUCUUUUUGGAAGAAGGCCCAAGAGAUUUUUGCCAAUGAUAUUCAAAGCCUGUUUGAUGCAACCAUGAAAGUUACAACUUUCAAGCAAACCAGCCAUGACAUGAUUGCACACAUAGAUAAAGCUCGAGCCGCAGUGGAAGAGCUGAAAAGGUUUCUUGUGGCUGAUUCGAUGGAGGAAGUGAAUAAGAAGCUGAACAAGUUUUACAUGGUUAUUAUCUUGAGGAGCCUAUACCCAGAUUUUGAUCAUGUGCGUAAUCAAGUUCUUGCUGGAGACCAAGUUUCGUCAAUGGACUCUCUCAUCACUAGACUUCUUCUGUGCCUCAUGUAUUGAAAGAUGAAAAUCCUGUUGAUGUUGUGGAAACAUCAGCCAUGAUUACACCUUGUGGGAGAGGAGGAGGCCGUAACAAUAGAGGAGGCCGUAGUGGAAGAGGUGGACAUCCUCAAUGCACCCAUUGCAAUAGGAUGGGUCACACUCAAGAAAACUGUCACUCUUUACAUGGUUUUCCUGACAAAGUAGCACAGAUGUCUAAGUCAGAGUAAUCAGAGUCUAGAUUCUCUGAUGAGGAGUACCAAGAGUAUUUGAAGCUCAAAUCUGAGAAAUCCAGCAACCAAGCACAAUCUUCCUCUGUACCAUGUUUUUCAACAGCAUGUAUCUCCCAAUCUAUUGAAGGUCCUAGUCCUUGGAUAUUUGAUUCAGGUGCCUCUGAUCAUAUCUCUGGUAUCAAGUCUUUUUUUUCAUCCAUUUCUUUCCCAAAAAAUCCUCACCUUCUACUGUAGCUAAUGGUUCCAAAGUUGCAUCUCAAGGAAGUGGUCAAGUCUCUUUAUCUCCCUCAUUAAAGUUGAAUUCUAUUUUAUUUAUUCCUCAAUGUCCUUAUAAUCUAAUUUCAUUAAGUCAGUUGACUCGUUCAUUAAAUUGCUCAAUAAC